UUACACUCCUGAUUUAAUAUUUUUCAGGGUAGAGUAGAGAUAAAGAAAAACGAGAGUUACAAAUUGUCGGCUUGAAUAGGCUGUAAACCCAUUCAAUUCCUUAAACCAUAAACCAUUGAAUAAGUCCAUCGUAACCGCACCGCGGAACCCUUUUAAAUAGAAGUCGCGUUUAGGGUUUUCAAGAGAUCCAAUUUGUUGAGAUUUGGACCAGGAAUAACACUUGAAUACAAAUAUCAGAAUGAAAGUAGGAUCUGGUAAAGGGAGAAAAGUAUGUCUCACAGUGACUAUAAUUUUCAUUGCAAUUGUAUUGCUAAUUGUCAUUCUGGCUUUCACUGUAUUCAAAGCCAAGCAUCCUGUUAACACCGUUGACUCAGUGAAACUAGAAAACUUCGACAUCAACUUGGAUAUAGCAAAACUAAAGGUUGAUUUGAAUGUAACCCUGGACGUCAAUGUAUCUGUCAAGAACCCUAAUAAGGUUGGUUUCAAAUACUCAAACACCACUGCACACCUCAAUUACAGAGGCCAGCUUAUAGGCGAAGUCCCUAUCAUUGCUGGACACAUCUCUUCCGGUGGCACCAAAGGAUUCAACCUCACUCUCACCGUUAUGGCCGACCGGUUGCUCUCCAAUUCCCAGCUUUACUCUGAUAUCAUCUCUGGUACUUUGCCCCUAAACACUUUUGUGACCAUUAAAGGAAAAGUCAGUAUCUUAGGCUUUAUCAAAGUCCAUGUGGUUUCCUCUGCUUCCUGUGAUAUUGCUGUUAAUACUUCAAAUAGAACAGUUGCCAACCAACAGUGCCAAUACAAAACUAAACUUUGAUUAUUCAUUGCUAAUUGCUAUUUUUUAAGUAAUCUGUUCAUAUUUUAUUCUGUUCCAUUGGUUAUUGUCAUUUGUAUUCAACUAUCUCUUCUCCCCUGUAAGCUCAUUCUGGAAAUUUAUUUCUUACAGUAUCAUCUUUCUGCUA